GGGGUAUGGGUUGCAGUUGUUUCCGAAUAUUGGGUUCAGGGCGGGAGGCUUGUCGCGGGACGCAUGGAUUGCCUCUUGAGCCUAAUGCGGAUAUUGCGGGGCCGGGGUUUUGUAUUCUUUCUUUAUUAUGGUGGUGGUGGUGGUGGUGGUGGUGGGAUGAAUUGGGCUAAUGAGUGCAGGCUUUGAUAUCGUAUGUUAUGCAGGCGAGUAUGGUUUUGUAUAUUUGGUUGGUUGUGCGGGUUCUCGAUUAUCUUCCUGCGACUUGUGAUUUCUUGACUAGGUUAUUUGAUAAAUCCGGCCUGAAAGAAGCAUAUCGCAAUCGAAUUCGUGCACAUCUCAUCGAAAAGGCUGCCAAACAUCGCUUAAUAGCCCGCUUCGUCCUAGUCGAGUUCCAAGAAACACAAUGCUACUUUAUGAUAGCCAUCCAACUCGCCUCCAUCCUAGCACUCUCCAGAACCCCCGACAUCUUCGAUGCUAGUAAUCUAUUCCAGCUCGUGAGGGACAUCCUAACAACAAGAUGCGUGUCACUGGGAGCAAACGUCCCCAUCACCUUCGGCCUGUGGCUGUUGUAUAAACUCGACAUGGAGUCGUGGUACACUUUAUUCUGCUCUAGUAUUACUGUGCUGCUGUCCAUUGCUACGUUCGCCAUGAGCAGUCAUUGGAAUUUAAAGCCGGAUAGUCUGGCGUUAUCUGAGAAUAAGGUGUUUGAGUGUGGUGGACAACCGCCGCCGCUGAUUUGGUGUGCGUUUGAGGAUAAUUAUAAGUUUGGGAAGUCGACGGUGGAAGUUACGGUUCCUCAUGCGGUUUCGCUGGCUUGUUUUGUGUUGCUUGUGUUGGUGCAGGUUAGUCCGUGGAAACGGCAUGCGAACAACCAGUUUUCUCGCACUCACCAACGGGGCACGACUUUGAAAGGAUUGAUUAUCUUUAUCGAACUCGGUCUAGUCACAAUGGUCAUUCUAUACCCAUUGAUCGUCCUUGGCCUGGGCAUACUAGACAUGCCAGUGAUGGUCGAUUUCAGCGGCUGGAACUUCGGCCAGGUCAUCGCCGUAUCCAUCUGGGUACCAGUGAUAUUAAAAUACUUCUAUUGGACAAUCUUCGGCGUCGAGUCAUACUCGGCUACGCGGAUCCCGCUACCCUACAAAAUCACCAACUCGGAGUAUCUACCACUCCCAAUGGACAUACUACACGAGAAAUCGUACUCGUUUAACCCUACCACAACCGAACUGCGCCCGAUGAAGAGGACCACGACCAGCCGCACGAUGUGAUCCGUUCCGGCGUUCCGCGUGUCAUCGCAGCCCGGUCCGGCCGAGUUGGGUUGGCCAGACAUGAUUAUCUCCGCGUACUCGUUUCACAAGGCCAUGGACC